AGGAUUUGUCCCCCAUCACGGUGAUCCAGCAGCACCUCCAGGGCAGAGCUGAGCUGGUGGCAGACAGGGCCAAACAGCUCCACUUCCUCCAUGCUGUGCCGCGUCUGUGCUUCUCAGCACAGAAGCAGGGGUGGGACACCCUGGAGCCCCUGGUCUCCAAAGCGGCCCUCGUGGAGAGCAUUGCGGAGCUGAUUGAAAAUCUCCCUGGUCCGUCAGAGCCAAGCUCCAUCAUGCCCAGCUCCAUGGCCGCAGUUUGCAGUCUCAGCAAACUGAAGCCACCGCUUGCCCUGGAAUCUCGCCUCCUGCGGGCUCUUCUGAACAGGAUGUACACCAUGGGCACUGGGCAGGACACCACACACUUCCGGGCUCUGUACAUCAACUAUUCUCAGAGCCUGGACAUCCUGCUCAGGGGCCUGCUGACAGAGACCCCCACCAUGGACAAGCUGCAGCAUCUCCUGGAGCACAUCCAUCUCUCUCUCCAGUCAAAAAACACCCAGGAGAGAGCCAGGGCCAUACAGACCAGCGCUGCCCUGCUCCAGUUUGCCACCUCCCUGCCUGGAUUUGACACCUCCUCUGCCUUCUCCAAGGCAGGCGAAUUCGUGCUGCAGCUGGAUCUCUGUAUAUCCCACCCAGCCAGUGACAUCAGUCGGCAAGCCAGGGCUGGGAUAUAUUGGCUUCACUGGCUCCUGCUUCAGAAGAGGGGUCUUCGGAGAGAUAUUCACCGAAGACCAGAAGAGCACUUUCCUCCAGGUGGGGCUGCUGGCCAUCCACGACCCCCUGCUCUGUGUCAACCAGGCUGGCCUGGUGCUGACGUAUUCCAUCUUGGGGGAAGCUGGCCAGCUGAUAGGGGACAAGGGGGACAUUACAGCAAAGAUCAUGGCCAAGCUAUUUACCAUCAGGUGCUUGCGCCAGGUCCCCAAAGCCCUGCAGGGGCUGUGCUCAGUGGGGCAGCACUGAAGACCCCCCUGCCUUUGCAUAACCAGCUCCCACCCCCUGCCUCAGCCUCGCUCCAGGCCCUCCAUCCACCUGCUCCACAGCAUUGCCUCCUCCUCCUCCUGAUCUUCCCCAACCCUUCGGAUUUUGACAACACAGAUUCGACCUUUGGCAUGGAUAUGGACUUUGGCUCGUACUUCUGACCACCCGGCUUUGACCUCUGGCCUGGAUUUGGACACUGGCUCUGGUUCUGCCUGGACAUGCUCAAGUAUUCUUGACUUGGACACCCAGCAGCAGUAGAAAGGCCCCACCAUUACUCAAACCCUAACUCCACCCCAUGACACCUUAGUCCCUCCCACCUGUCACCGGAAGUCCCGCCCCAUGGAGGUAUUACUUCGUGGUCAAGGCGGCCACAUGACUGGAAGCAAGGUGUGUCAUGU